GCCAGAGAUACCGUAUUGCCCUGUCUCUAAGAUGUCAUAACAAAGACAUAACCUUGAAAUAAACAAAUUGUGAAUUUGGUGUUCCUUCCAAAACGAAAAAAGAAUUUAAAAUUAAGUUAUGGCCAAGCCACCAUCACGCGAUAUUAUUAAAAUUAUUUUCCAAAAUUUCUUCAAAUCAUUUCGUCCCCGACAAAUACGCGGCAAUCUAAUUGGUGAGGAUUACUUUGGCAAUAAAUACUAUGAAAUACCAGCAGAUCCCUCGAUUGGUAAACGCAAACCAUCGCGAUGGUUUGAACCAGCCGAUAAGGAGGCUUUUGACAAUGAAAUAACAGCCGAAUGGGAGGCUUGGUUGCGUGGCCGCCGUGAGGAGCCACCAACGCGAGAGGAGUUGGUGAGAAAUUUACAAAUUAUGGAUAUGAAGAAACGGAAUGCAGCCGAAUUGGAGGAGAAGUACGGGGAGAAAGAUGCUUCGGGUAAACUAAUACCACCCAAAGAAACAGUGGGAACAUUUCCCAAAUAUAAUGAAUAUGAAAUCAUACCCGGCAAAGAUCCUGAGAAAAAGUUUUAAAUUAGGCAUGGUGCUGCUGCUGUGAUAGAAACGUUGUUUAUGUAGUAAAUGUUGUAGAAUUAAUAAAAUAAAUAAAAAAAUAAUAAUAAAACAA